UCCGUACUGGCCCCACAGUCCUGCUGAUCUCAAGCAUCCGCCUCUACAGUCUGUCUCCUCCUUCCUCUUCCCCAUAGUUGGUACAGAUGGCAUUGUCCCAGCCUAGUCCCUUCUCGACCACAGAGCUUCUCCUGGCCUCUGCCAUCUUCUGCCUUGUAUUCUGGGUGGUCAGGGCCUGGCAGUCUCAGGUCCCCAAAGGCCUGAAGAGUCCACCAGGGCCCUGGGGCUGGCCCCUGCUCGGGCACGUGCUGACCUUGGGGAAGAGCCCACACGUGGCCCUGUCGCGGCUGAGCCAGCGCUACGGAGACGUGCUGCAGAUCCGCAUUGGCUGCACACCUGUGCUGGUGCUCAGCGGCCUGGACACCAUCUGGCAGGCCCUGGUGCGGCAGGGCGACGAUUUCAAGGGCCGGCCUGACCUCUACAGCUUCUCCCUGGUCACUGAUGGGCAGAGCAUGACUUUCAACCCAGACUCUGGACCAGUGUGGGCUGCCCGCCGGCGCCUGGCCCAGAAUGCUCUCAACACCUUCUCCAUCGCCUCCGACCCGGCUUCCUCAUCCUCUUGCUACCUGGAGGAGCAUGUGACCAAGGAGGCUAAGGCCCUCCUCUGCAAGUUUCAGGAGCUGAUGGCAAGCCCUGGGCACUUCGACCCCUACAAUCACAUAGUGGCAUCAGUGGCCAAUGUCAUUGGUGCCAUGUGCUUCGGCCAACACUUUCCCCAGAGCAGUGAAGAAAUGCUCAGCCUUGUGAAGAGCAGCCAUGAUUUUGUGGAGAUCGCUUCCUCCGGGAACCCCGUGGACUUCUUCCCCAUCUUUAAAUACCUGCCCAGCCCUGGUCUGCAAAGGUUCAAGGACUUCAACCAGAAGUUCCUGAAGUUCCUGCGGAAAACAGUCCAGGAGCACUAUCAGGACUUUGACAAGAACAGAGUCCAGGACAUCGUAGGUGCCCUGUUCAAGCACAGCGAAGAGAACUCCGGAGCCAGUGGUGGCCUCAUCCCCCACGAGAAGACUGUCAACCUUGUCAACGACAUCUUUGGGGCCGGGUUUGACACGAUCACGACCGCCAUCUCCUGGAGCCUCAUGUACCUCGUGACAAAUCCUGAGAUACAGAGGAAGAUCCAGGAGGAGCUGGACACCGUGGUUGGCAGGGCGCGGCGGCCCUGGCUCUCUGACAGGCCCCAGCUGCCCUACUUGGAGGCCGUCAUCCUGGAGACCUUCCGACACUCCUCCUUCGUCCCCUUCACCAUCCCCCACAGCACGACAAGAGACCCGACGCUGAAUGGCUUCUACAUCCCCAAGGAACGCUGUGUCUUUGUAAACCAGUGGCAGGUCAAUCAUGACCAGAAGCUGUGGGGGGAUCCAUCUGAGUUCCGGCCGGAGCGAUUCCUCACUGCCUACGGCACCGCCAUCAACAAGACCCUGAGUGAGAAAGUGAUACUCUUCAGCAUGGGCAAGCGCCGGUGCAUAGGGGAGGUGCUGGCCAAGUGGGAGAUCUUCCUCUUCCUGGCCAUCUUGCUGCAGCAGCUGGAGUUCAGCGUGCCACCAGGCACGAAAGUGGACCUAACCCCCAUCUAUGGGCUGACCAUGAAGCAUGCCCGCUGCAAGCAUGUCCAGGCACGGCUACGCUUCUCUAUCAAGUGAUGAGUUUGCUGUCAUUCUGAGGCAGAUGGAGAGAUGGAGGUCACUGAGGAACCCUUGUUUCUUUCUUUCCUUUUUACUAACAGCCUUAUAGAGAUAUAAUUCAUAUACAUAUAAUUCACCUCCUUAAAGAAUACAACCCAAUGGCUUUUAGUAUGUUCACAGAGUUGUGCUUCCACACCGCAAUCAAUUUUAGAACUUUCUCAUCACCCAAAAGAGAAACCGAUGCCCAUUAGUGGUCAUUCCCAUUUCCCCGUAACCCACCGUCCCUAUUCCCACCAGCCCUAGGCAACUACUAAUCUGCUUUCUGUCUGUUUAGAUUUGCCUGCUCUGGAUAUUUCAUAAAAAUGCAAUUAUACAAU